UCUCACUCUACGUACACGAUCAGCUGCAGCGCUCAUGCGAAGAUCCAGGGCUAAAUCCAGUCGUCGACUUCUUUGCGGGCACACUGGGCGGGACCGCUGGUCUCGUCGCGGGCUUCCCGUUUGAUACUGGUCCGUCGGAUAUGUUGUAUUUUCGGAGACAACACGACGGUAACGUGACUAUCUUCAGUUAAAGUCAGACUGCAGACCCCCGAGCUGGCGGAACAUUACAAGGGCUCGACGACGCGUGCAAUCGGAACCAUCAUCAGGGAGGAACGUUUUGUAGGCUUGUACAAGGGCAUCACUUCACCCUUGGUCACGGUGGCGCUCAUGAAUGGUCUCGUCUUUGCAUCCUACAAUUUCUUUCUCAAACUACAGUGUCCCGGAAGCACCAACGACGCGACUCUGACCCAGAUCACGCUAGCAGGAAUCGGGAGCGGUAUCGUCUCUGCCGUAGUCACGACUCCGACCGAGCUCAUCAAGAUCCGGCAGCAACAGUGCAUCGAUAGCUCGACGGUGCGCGACAUCGCCACAGACAUCGUCAAAGCGGAUGGGUUGCGCGGACUGUAUCGUGGGGCUGUAUCGACAGCAUUGAGGGAUUGCGGAUACGGCGCAUACUUUGCCUCGUACGAAGCUACUCUUCGUCUGCUAUCGCGACCAGGAGAACGUGAUGGUGGCUGGACAGUUUUGGUCGCGGGUGGAGUGGCUGGAAUCGUUGGGUGGUUUGCCACUUUUCCGUUGGACGUCGUCAAGACUCGGAUUCAAGGAACCAGCCUGAAUCACUCUGCCGCGAUAAGGCCUCUGAGGGAAGGCGCAUCAGAUUCUGUAUUGAAUCCGUAUCGCACUACCUGGUCGGCUAUCGUCAACUCGUACCGUGCUGAGGGCUUGGGCGUGUUCUACCGCGGACUGGCUCCCACUCUACUACGGGCGGUGCCUGUCAAUAUGGUCACAUUUGCCGUAUUUGAGAGCGUGGUCAAGAUGCUAUCUUAGAGGUCUCGUCCCGCAGACGAGACCGUCCGUUACAAUACUAAUUCAUGUAAGUAUGCACGUAGUCGGUCGAAGGGUAGCAUCAAGGCUUGAUCAGCACGGAUCAAUAAAUGAUGAUGCGAUAGGUUUCAUCAAUUCAUUCCUUUGCA